GUCAGUCCACAGUACGAAAAUAUUCUCGUGACGACAGAGUUGGCUUUUCUCGUUCUGUUCUGUGGCCACAAUAUCCUUUUGCAAAUUCGUUUCUAUCGAUUUUAAUCCGGCAGUUUUGGUGCUUCUCUGAUGCACCCAAAGUGACAAGAAAUACCAAGGAGGGCAACAGUGUAAAGACUCUGAGGUGACGAUAAACACUUCAAAAUGGACAUUGGUUUUUCCUCGUACCACAAUGGUGGACCAGUGAGGGAGCAGGACUUCGAGAGACUAUCACAGACCGUUGGGACCUCGAUUCUGAAGAUCUCCCAAAAUGUCUCGUCGAUGCAGAAGAUGGUUAACCAGUUGGGGGGUGCUACGGACUCCCAGGAGCUUAGAAAUCAGCUCCACCAGAUUCAGCACUACACCCAGCAGCUCGCGAAAGACACGAACGUCCACCUGAAAGACCUGACAGCAAUCGCCAGUAAUUCCUCGUCGACGAGUCCCGGAGAACAGACGCGAAGAAAAAUGCGAAUGCAGACUGAGAGGCUUCACGACGAAUUCAUGACAGCACUCAACAGUUUCCAAGGGGUCCAGAGACUGGCUGCUGCCAAGGAGAAGGAGAUGGUGAAGAAGGCCAAGGCCAGUGUUGGCAUACAGUUCGGAGAGAGGAAGCAAGAGACUCUGAUUGAGCUGCAGGACAGCAGAACACAGAAGCAAUUGCAGCAGCAGAAUCUGCAGGAUGAACAGAAUCUCAGGAUGCUGGAGGAACAGGAGGCCAGUAUACGUCAGCUGGAGAGUGACAUCAGCGAUGUAAAUCAGAUAUUCAAGGACCUAGGAGCCCUAGUUCAUGAUCAAGGAGAAGUGAUCGACUCAAUCGAGGCCUCUGUCGAACGAACAGAAGUAUUCGUGAGCGAGGGAGCUCAACAACUCAGAACAGCAGCGACUUAUCAGAACAAAUUACGAAAAAAGAAGUGCAUCCUGGUGAUAAUCGGUGCUGUUGCACUCUCAAUUCUCAUUGGAAUAAUAGUCUGGCAGACGUCCUAAGAUCAGUCUGCCAGAAUGUUGACUAAAACUAACAAUGUUUUUAUGGAUAUGCCCGAUCAAUUUGUAUCGAAUAACAAUUAACAAGCCCCAGGGAACAUCAAUUUUUUUCAUGUUCGAGGGAAAAGUUCAAGAUACUCUCCGUUCCAUUUGUAUGAUAAAUCAUGAAAAUGCAUUAUGCGGUAUUAUUCGAGAUGGAAUUUUAAUGCUAUUGCUCGUACAUAAUUAUUAUGAGGUAACGAUGUAGACCGUAAUGUAAUCGAGGAAUACACUCAUGUAAUUGAGAUAUUAAUGCGCGUAAUUAACGAGUGGACGUUUGUUGGUGAAAGUCAUUGGCAUUAGGUGAAUCAUUCCUUAAUGUAGAUUAAUUAUGCGUAAAUUUACCCUUUCUUUAUCCUUCUACUUUGGUUCUAGAGUAAUUUGAAAAUAUAAUGUGUAAAUCGAAGUGUAAUCUCAUAUGUAUUAUAUAUUUAAAAACGUUAUUUUAUUUUAAUCAAAGUCAGAAUAAAUUAUAUGAAUU